CAUGAUGCAAAAGAGGAAAGGAUGCUGAGUUUCUUUUGAGACCUGGAAGCUCAAACCGCCUUUCCUCUUAUACAGGGCUUUUCUCCCAGUAACUAAUUCUCUCAAUUCAUCUGCUGUUCAGGAGCCCAAGCACUUUGAUGCCUUCCAGGAGUGGCCCGAUGGCUACGUGCGGCUCAUCUACUCCAGCGAGGAGAAGAAUGCACAGAGACACCUCAGUGGCUGGGCCAUGCGCAACACCAACAACCACAACUGCCAGAUCCUCAAGAAGUCCUGCCUGGGGGUGGUGGUGUGCUCCCGGAGCUGUGCCCUGCCUGGCGGAGCCAGACUGCAACUUCGCCCAGCCAUAUGUGACAAGGCUCGGCAGAAGCAACAAAAAAAAGCUUGCCCAAACUGUAACUCAGCCCUUGAGCUCAUCCCUUGUCGAGGACACAGUGGCUAUCCAGUCACUAACUUCUGGAGGCUUGAUGGCAAAGCAAUAUUCUUCCAGGCUAAAGGAGUCCAUGACCACCCCAGGCCAGAGAGUAAAUUGGAGGCAGAGGCAAGACGAAGUGCGUUUAAGAAGCAAAUGUCCUCUUUCCACCAUUCCCAGAAAAAAAGACCUCUAAACUCAGAGGCAGGAAGAUACCAUGACAGCAGUGGUUAUGCCAGUAACCUACAAAAUCUGCCCGGCACGGAUGGCCCAGAAAGGGUUGGUAUCAUCACAGACACCAGUUUUUCAAUUCCAGCCCAGUCUUGCCCUUUGCUGCAAAACUCUGACCUUUACAAAGCAUCUUACGACACAGCCGGCUUCCAAGAGGACCAGCUGUCACCAUACCCGAAGUGCUCCAAUCCAAGGAUCUACAUGCCCAGGCCAUGCAGCUAUGAGUUUGGAGUUCCUACCUUUAUAAGCUCCAGCCCUUACCCAACAUUUUACAAAGAUCUGACAAGUCCUGCCAUCGACACAGAUCCCCUCAGUUUGAAUGGAUCUCACUACAAUGCAGGGACCACUCAUGAUAAAAGCUUUAAUAACCCUGGCAGACACUAUGGAUUGAAAUCAGCCUGGGGGAAAACUGGCAGUGGAGACCAUAGUGACUAUGGACAGAUGCAAACCAGUACUAACUACCCUUGCUACAGUGGGGACUACCCUUGCAGGUAUGAUCCCAGCCCCUCUCCCAUAGCCCCACCACUGCAAACAGUUAUCACAACCACCACCAAGGUGUCCUACCAGGCCUACAAGCCAUCAGCACUGAAAUACAGUGACAACCUCUGUGAUAUGAAAAACCUUCAGAGCUAUACCCACGUGGCAGAAAACGUCUCAGGCGCUAUCUAUUCAGGGAUGAAGAUUCAGGAAGACUUUGGGAUGAUAAAGUCAGCAUUGCUUUACCAGCAUGACCCAGUCCCCACAAAGUCCAAACCAGCUGAGAGCAUGGAGACCUAUCGGUAUGGGCCACCGCUGGGGAACAGCUAUGCUGAGCAUGAAGGCCAGACCUUAAAGUUUGAGAGUGCUGAAUAUUGACUAAAAGUUGCCUAAAUGGUAAAUACAGGCAAAUGGGAACAAAAACUCUUGUGCUGACCAUGUGCAUGCUAAGACCAGUGGAUUGGGAUUUGAGGAGAGGUGAGGAAGCAGUACAUCACAAUUGCUUAUCCCCCAAAAGUGCUUUUCUGAAGCUGUGCUGAGGAAAGUGUAUUUUGCAUACAAUUUCAAACCAGCCCCACUUAAUCCCUAAAAUGGCAUGUGAAGUUGAUCCCCAAACAUGCCCGGGAGAAUGCAGUGGGAAGAUGCAGCACCUCGGGAAGUCAACAGCCUCUUCUGAUGGCAAGUGCAAUUCACUUAAAGCCACAGCUCCUGACAGAUGCCUCAAGGUUUGAGAGAAAACACUCUUUGUAAGAAAGAAAAUGCUUACUGGGUAAUGGACAAAAAGAUGAAGGAAGGUGGCUAUAGAUUAUACUUAACUGAAAGAAACGACUGAAAAUGAAACAAAUUAAGAAAGCAAGACAACUUGCAGAAUAAUUCACCUGAACAGCCCAUUUACCUGCUGUGAUCCGUUUGAUGAAUGAAAAGACCAGCUAGGUUUCCCUGAAAUGGGAAGUGAAAAAACUACAUGCUGACUUCAUGUCGCUUUUUGAUCCCCUGCAUCAAGAGUACUUGCCAAAUUUUUUAGGCAAAAAGGAAAGCACAGGCUUGCCCCAUCACCACUGAGAACCUGCCACUCCCUGUCUGGAGGCAAGAAGGCUCAGGUGACCCUCUCCACAAGCAUGCCCAACACUGCAUGUGUGCCAGGUUAAUAUCUCUGGUCCUGAAAACCAUUUGCAGUGAAACUGCUUUUUGCCUAAAAGGGUCUGGCAAGCUGGUCAGACCAAUACUGCGCAAGUAUUGCUGCAGAAAUUAGCUUUGCUCAUGAAUACAAGUCCAUCUUGUCUAAAAAUGCAGCAUCCUAGCUGCUUAGCAGUACAGAUCAGUGCUGAAUGCAACUUUCCUGCUUGUCUUUCUGCACUGCAUUUCCAUUAGAUAUUUCCCCUUCCUUUAUUAUUCUCCUCUUCUAAUUAUUCUCUCUGCAAUCAUAACUCCCCAUAACCAUCAUCCUAGAAAUGAAGCAACUAAAACUAAGGUAGGAAAACAGCAUUUGCAGAUGGCCUGAGCUAAACAAAAAGUAUGUAAGGACUUGCAUCCCCAAAUUCUUAGCUAAAUGAAUUAAUUCUCCAUUAAGCCAGGAAAAAGAAACAACACAGGAGUACUGCUAGUUUAAAAUUUGGGUAUUUUUGAAAGCUGCUUAGUACUGAGGAAUGUAACUUGUACCCAAACUGUGGGUGCUGAUCUAGGGAGGUAGGUAGAAACGGUGGAUUAGUCAGAGUUACAAAGUUUCUUCUUAUCAAGUUACCAAGUACCUUUAACUUUCUGGACGCUCAAAUACUUAAAAA